AUGAACAACUGGACCGAGAAGGUCCUUGCAGGCGCAAAGCUGCUCACCGCUUUGCAGACGGAGGUGGAGAGAAGAAGCAAAAGGAGAAAAAGGCAACAAAGAAAGGAGGAAAGGCAACCGAAAGAGGGACACACCUCUCGCUACAUUCCCGACUUGCAGCCAAUCGCACCCAGCGGCACGCCUCUGCUCGAGCCAAUAGGCAGGGACCCGGGGCAUUCUUUGUCUGGCUCUCUGGCGGCAGAACACGCCAGCAUGAUGAUCUCGUACGACAAGUGCGACGCCGUUCUGCUGCUGUAUCACUCGCUGUACCUACGCAAGUACGAGUACGGACAGGACAGGGAGGGCCCGGCCAGGCACAGUCCAGGCCAUGAGUCGAAAACACUGCAAGUCAUGCAAGGCAAGGCCGGCUGCACUCGCCAAAGCACUCAAUAUCGGAAUCGUACCGGUACCUCGUCGUCGGCUUCGACCUCGAGUCGUCUCACCGAUCUUCUCGGGUAG